AUGUCGCAAAGUAAAUAUCCGGUAUCGUCUUCAUUUGUGUGCCAAAGACAACAUGUUCUCUAUUUAAAAAUCUUAACACAACUUUUCUUUCAAUACUUUUGGGUCCUCUCAGCCCAGAUUGAAGUUAUUCCAUGCAAGAUUUGUGGUGAUAAGUCUUCUGGAGUGCAUUAUGGAGUCAUCACUUGUGAAGGCUGCAAGGGCUUUUUCCGGCGCAGCCAGCUGCCCACCGUCUCGUACUCCUGCUCCAGGCAGAGUAACUGUCAGAUCGACCGGGCCAGCCGCAACCGCUGCCAGCACUGUCGCCUGCAGAAGUGUUUGGCUCAGGGCAUGAGCAGAGAUGCAGUGAAAUUUGGGCGGAUGUCCAAGCGUCAGCGGGACUCCCUGAUCGCGGAGGUGGAGAGGCACCGGCAGCAGCAGCAGCAGCACCAGCAGCAGCAGCAGCUGCAGGGGGACGCUCACGCCGCCCUGUCCUAUCCCGCCAAGAACCGGCCGGAGCGCUCGCCCCAGCUCCUUCAGCCCAUGGCCACUGCGUACUCCUACGCUGCAGACAGCGAGCUGCUGCCCUACGCUGCCGAAGUCCACCCUUACCUGGUGUGCUCCCCCAACGAGUCCCAGAUGUCCGGAAUGAUCUACCGGGGCUCCGGCAUCUCUCCCACAUCAAGAUCCCAAGGGAGGGGGGACAGCGGCGGACACCCCGAUGAAAGAGGAUUUGACUCCAGGCAGCAAUCACAUGAUCUGAUGGCGAUCCAUCCCUACAACUCCCUGGAGGAUCCUUACAGCCUUUAUCCUCUUUCCUUGCGAAACAUUGAGGAGCUGUGUGCCAGCAUUGUGCGCUCCCACAGAGAAACCAGCCAGUACCGACUGGAGGAGCUGCAAGCUCUCAGCUGGAAACAGUUCAACAGAGAAGAGAUUCAAGCCUACCAGAGCAAGACAGUGGAUGAGAUGUGGCAGCACUGUGCCAUCCGACUGACUGAUGCUGUGCAGUAUGUGGUGGAGUUUGCAAAACACAUCCCUGGUUUUCGUGUGCUGAACCAGAAUGACCAGAUUGCCCUCUUGAAGGCCGGCUCCAUGGAGGUGGUUCUGGUCAGGAUGAGUCGCUUCUUUAACACAGAGAAUAACACUGUUUUCUUUGAUGGGAAAUUUGCUGGAACUGAGGUCUUCAAGUCUUUGGCAUGUGGGGAUUUAAUUUCGGCAGUGUUCGACUUUGCUCAUGGGAUGUGUGCUCUGAAGCUCACUGAGCAGCAGAUCGCUCUCUUCAGCGCUCUGGUGUUAAUCAAUGCAGACCGUCCAUGUCUGGAGGACAGAGGCAGAGUUCAGCGAGCACAAAGAAGCAUUGAGCUAGGCCUAACACACAUCUUACACCGAGACAACCAGGAAGGUCUGAUCCAUAAGCUGUUCCAGCGGAUGGCAGUGUUGCGUUCCCUGUGCAGUCUGCACAUGGAGAAGCUGCGCUGGUUCAGUCAGAGAUACCCGCUCACGGCUCACUCUCUGUUUCCCCCACUCUACAAGGAGCUGUUUGCUUCUGAGGCAGAGCUACUGCCGGGAACCACUCACUGACCAUUCGUCCACAGACGCAAUAACAUGAUACACAAGCACAUUAUUUUAAGUCUCGUCAUCACAGAAUCUAUUUUUCUAAUGAAAUCCAAUAAGAAAAGCACAGUAAUCAUAGUGCUUUGACUAUUUUAUAAGUCCCAACUUAGUGGAUAUUUUUGUAGACUAUGUCAAACACCAAUUCAAAUGCUCUGAUAGCUUCUAAUUAUUUCUGAUUAUUCCAAGGAAAUAUGCAUAUGAAAUUAUGUGAGUAAAGAAUUCAUGUUUUCUAAGGAGGAUGUGCUGUUGUGAUUCUGUCCUUUUGUAGCAACUGUAUGUCACAGUGUGUUCACACAUAGAUUCAAAGAGGUGGGAUGCUGGUCAAUUUAUGACAAAAGUGAGGGCUUUUCCUAUAUCUAUCUCUUGAGCAGGUAAACGUCAUUCAGAAUGUUAAAAUACUUUCUGUAAUCACUCUAUGUGGAUGCCAUCCUGGUUUCACAGUGACUGUGUCCUUGUAAAACUGAGUAAAAGACCAAAAAGUCAUUUCUGUAGAGUUAAAACAAAGAAAAUAGGAAAAUCCGGGUGGAAAAGUAAGAGAAAACAUUAUACUUAGUUAUAUAUAUAUAACUAGCAACAUGCCAUCAAAGAUUAAAAUAACUACCCAUUUCUCAGCUGCGUCCUCAUUUUAAUUCAAUUUUCAAUUUUCAUAGAUGCUUCUGUAUAAUUGCACCUCGGCUGUUCUUUCCUUUAGAGACGGGCUGCGCUCUGGCCUCAGAAAGGUUCUCAUGUACAACCAAACUGCCUCUUUGUAUCUGUGUGUCACUAGAACAGUGUUUCUCCUCAGGCUGAUGUAACAUAUUGACCAUUAAAUCAAGCUGGGAUCAGUUCUGCUGAAAUAUGUCUCCUCUGUGUAGCUGAAGCCACAUUUAUGUCUUUUGAGCUUUGAGAGAAUGUUGCAUUACAUGUAAAAUUAGACAAAGCAGAAAUCUCUUUUGUGUGCUAACCUUUCCCCUUUCCCUUCUGAUGAACUAUUUUAUGUCUCCCCAUUACAUGUCAUAAUUGUAUAAAGUUGAUGAAAAAGUUUAAUGGUUUUCAGCAUUAAAUACUUUUUGUCCAGAUGUAGUCCGUGCUAUGACUGGAACUGAGUUUUGAGUGACAUCAUUUCCAUGUAAACCUUCUAAUAAACUCCUGAGGCUGCAAUGGAUCUGAGUCAUUGACUGUUUGCGGGAAAUAUAAAUGAGAAAUACAAACAAUUUGACAAGAUCGAGACAAACUAGAGGAAUAAUCCAGCUAUGUUUCAAUAAAUGUUUGUUUACACAAAUGAAAUGGUUGCUCUGUUGCUUCUCUGUAGAAUACAAAUGCUCAAGCAAAAUGCA